AUGAACAAGAAGGCCGUAGAAAAGAUCGGUAGAUUACGUCUCUCCCUCUCUCUCUCUCUUUAUCUAUAUAUUGUUUAUCUUUUUAUUUCUAUCUUCUUCUCUCUGUUUCUCUCUUCUCCCUCUCUCCUUUUCUUUAUCAAUAUAUUAGUUUAUCUAUUUCUAUCUCUCCUUCUUCUCUCUCUCUUUUCUCUCCUCUCCCUCUCUCUCUUUAUCUAUAUAUUGUUUAUCUAUUUCUAUCUCUCCAUCUUCUUCUCUCUCUCCUUUUCUACUCCUCUAAGUCCCUCCCUCCCUCUCUCUCUCUCUCUCUCUCUCUCUUUAUCUAUAUAUUUCCCUCCCUCCUCUCUCUCUCUCUCUCUCUCUCUUUAUCUAUAUAUUGUUUAUCUAUUUCUAUCUCUCCAUCUUCUUCUCUCUCUCCUUUUCUACUCCUCUAAGUCCCUCCCUCCCUUUAAUAUCUAUUGUUUUAUCUCUCUCUCUCUCUCUCUUUUUUAUCCUCUAUUGUUUAUCUAUUUCUAUCUCUCUUCUUCUUCUCUCUCCUUUUCUCCAUCCUCUUUAUCCCCCUCCUCUUGUUCAAAUCUUUCUCUCUCUCUCUCUCUCUUUAUCUAUAUAUUGUUUAUCUAUUUCUAUCUCCCAUCUUCUUCUCUCUCCUUUUCUACUCCUCUAAUUUCCCUCCCUCCCUCUCUCUCUCUCUCUCUCUCUCUCUUUAUCUAUAUAUUGUUUAUCUAUUUCUAUCUCUCCAUCUUCUUCUCUCUCUCCUUUUCUAUUCCUCUAAGUCCCUCCCCUCCCUCUCUCUCUCUUCUCUCCAUCUAUUUAUAUCUCUCCAUCUUCUUCUUCUCUCUAUCUAUAUCUCUUUCCUCCCCCUCUCUCUCUCUCUCUCUCUUUAUCUAUAUAUUGUUUAUCUAUUUCUAUCUCUCCAUCUUCUUCUCUCUCUCCUUUUCUACUCCUCUAAGUCCCUCCCUCCCUCUCUCUCUCUCUCUCUCUCUUUAUCUAUAUAUCUCCAUUUAUCUAUUUCUAUCUACCCUCUUCCCUCCCUCUCUCUCGAGCGAAUGUUUAAUUUGA